CGGCAGCCGGAAGUCCCGCCCGCCGUGUAGUCGCCGUCGCCGCUGCCGCCGUCGUUGUUGUGGUGGUGGGUGAGCUGAGUUCCGCGGCUCCGAGAGCCGGCUCCAUCCUUUCGCCGCCGCCGCCGUCAUGAAGUGGAUGUUCAAAGAGGACCACUCACUGGAACACAGAUGUGUGGAAUCCGCGAAGAUCCGAGCGAAAUAUCCCGACCGGGUUCCGGUGAUUGUGGAAAAAGUCUCAGGCUCUCAAAUUGUUGAUAUCGACAAACGGAAGUACCUGGUUCCAUCGGACAUCACUGUGGCUCAAUUCAUGUGGAUCAUCAGGAAAAGGAUCCAGCUUCCUUCUGAAAAGGCAAUCUUCCUGUUUGUGGAUAAGACAGUCCCACAGUCCAGCCUAACUAUGGGACAGCUCUACGAGAAGGAAAAAGAUGAAGAUGGAUUCUUAUAUGUGGCCUACAGCGGAGAGAACACUUUUGGCGCCUGAGGGCCUGUGCUGGGUUAGGUGCACUGUUCCUGCUUGUGUAUCUUGUAAAUAGCCAGCCAUUUUCAGUUAUUACAAAACCUCUUCACUAAUAGUGCAUUUGUAACUGGAUUUAUUUCUUAAUAUAUUGGAAGGCUUCCUUAGACUAGUAAAUUAUCAUACAGAGUUUUAUUUUGAGUUCUUUUUGUGCAUUGUCCUCAUGGCUAUAUUCUCCAGGUAACUUGUUCCUCUGGAAAUCAUAUUUAAUGAAGAUAUUUCCAUAUUGAAGUGAGGUAGGUGGGGUAUUAAAGUGAAAAGGGAGGGAGAUGAUGCAUUUAUUCUGGAUUAUGUUUGAAGUGUUAGAUGGCUAAGUAUUAAAAGCAUCCAAAUUAAAUCCUUAGCAAUCAAAACACUUGCUUCAUUAGAUUUUGGCAACUACCAAUCAUGUUGGACUGAGCUAAUCUGUUUCUCUUUCUGACACUAUUAAGGUAAAUAAUUAACAAUAAAACUUCCUCUUAUAAAGGCA